ACCUUUACGACCGAUCCGGAGCUAAAGACACAGAAAUGCCGUGUUAAGAAAUAACACAUAAAGCCUUUUAAAUCUCAGAAGAAUCUAUACAACACGGUUGUAGAAAAACGUCUUGUGUUGUUUUCGAGUUAUUUCAGUGCAAAGCUGUCGUUCGAGUUUGAGGUUAUGUUUAUAUGUUGACCGCUAAGCUUACAAAAGCGGCAUUUAUUUGGCGUCUCAAUUAUUUGAGAAGUGAAUUAAAGUUUUAGUGAACUAAGCUGCUUCGGAGCACAUAUAUUUUGAUAGUUUUAGUUUAGUUUAAGUGAUUAUUCAAAUUCUAUACAUGUUUACAUAGUUUCGUUACUUGAAUAACGGCGUUUUCUACAAGCGGAGUCAAUGCUGGUAUUUUGAAUCGAAGAAACUUGUAAAUCGCCGGUGUGUUGUGUGACGAUGGCGGCGCUGGGCAGCCGGGUGGCUGGCGCGUGCUGCGCGGCGUCGGUGGAGCGCGCGGGGCUGCCGGGCCUGCUGCGCGACCUGCUGCGCCUCGCCGAGGACCAGGACUCCGCGGAUGUCGUCUUUAUACUGGGCACCGCCGAGGAAAAAGUUUAUGCUCAUAGAAUAAUCUUGUUUGCAAGGUGUAAAAGUUUUCAAAACACGAAACGCGGAGAAAUUUGUCGAAUUCCUGGAUGCACCGUAUCGCCAUCUGUCGGCACUCAACCGACGCCCAUCCGUAUGCCGCACGUGCAGCCUGAAACUUUCCGGCUUUUCAUUCAAUACGUCUAUACGGGCAAGCUUCUGCUGCAAGACUCCGGGGUAUUCGAAAUGAUGACGCUAGCCGCUGACUUGGGCGUUGAAGAUCUGCGUGCAGCUUGCGAGGACCACGUCACGUCCACACUGAGUGUUGAGAGUGCAUGCACACUUCUUGCUGCUGCUAUGGAAAUUCAGGAUAGACCUGGUGGUAAGAGUGCGUCCUCGUUCAUGGAGCGGUGCAUCGCGUUCAUCGGCGACAACGCACCGGAGUGCGUCAAGACCAACGCCUUCCUCAACCUGCCCAAGGAGGCGCUCAUCAAACUCAUCUCCUCUGACUUUUUGUGCCUGGAGGAGGAGGAGGUGUGGCGGUGCGUGCUGGCGUGGGCCAAGCAGCGCGCCGGCGUCACUCAGCCCACCGCGCACUGGGCGGAGGAGGAGCGCGCACGCGUCUGCCACCACCUGGCGCCGCUCAUGCAGCACGUGCGCCUGCUCCUCAUCGACAGCGCGGUGUUCGCGGAAGAGGUGGAGCCGACGGGCGCGGUGCCUAUGGAGCUGUCGCUGGAGCGGUACCGGCGCGCCGCACUGCACUCCGCGCCCCGCCCCGCGCCUCGCCCCGACCCCGACAAGCGCACGCAGCCCAGGUUGGCGGUGAACCUGUUCGCGGGCUCGGCUAUCCUGCAGCAGGACAAGAGCGCCUUCCAGUCCCUCAUCAACACCUGGUGUGGCAGCCCGAAGCAGUCGUGGCGGCUGGUGUUCCGCGCCUCCGCGCACGCAUUCUCGGCGCACGCCUUCCACGCGCACUGCGACGGCGUGGCGCCCGUGCUGCUGCUGGUGCAGCUGCAGCGCGGCGAGGUGAUCGGCGGCUACUGCGAGGCGGGCUGGGCGGCGGGGGGCGCGGGGGGCUACGUGUCCGCCGAACGCGCGAUGCUCUUCUCCCUCGCCGAGCCCCCCGCGCGCUACCCCCUCCUCAAGAAACCCUUCGCGCUCUGCCACCACCCCGAGUCAGUACGCCCUAGCUCGCAACCGGCUGACACAUCACUUUCACACAAUUGUCAUGUAACGUGUCCGUGCGUGUCGGCAGCUGCGGGCCGAUCUUCGGCGCGGGCGCGGACCUGCUGGUGUCGCACCAGUGCAACGCCAACAGCGACAGCUACAGCAACCUGCACUCGUACGGCGACGCCGCGCCCGCCGCCCCCACCGCGCCCCCCGCCUCCCUCGCGCCGGACUACAACUUCACCGUGCGCGAGUACGAGCUCUUCACCUGCGCCCCUUGACACCCCCCUCUCUCUCUCUACUACUGUCACAUCUAUUGCUACCCUUAUCUGAGAAACAAUUAAUCAUCCAUCCCAUAUUAGAACAGUAUCAACUUUACUCCGCCAACACCCCAAUACUUGUCUCAUAUUUACUUUAGUAUAGAGAACGCACAAAUUACGUAGAAAAAUCUAAAAUAUGUUGUGGAUAAUUUUAUAAAGGGCUAAAGAUCAAAAAAUGUAGGAGAGAUUUUAAAUUAUACUAUCAUAAGUAAGUAAAUUACGUAAGCGCACAAAUAUAUUAAAGCUUUAAAUGUUAAGAGAUGAAGCCAUGAGAUUAACAUGUUACUGUAUCUAUAACUUUUAAUAAAUAUAUCAUACUAUGUAAGUGAUACAAUUAUACUUCC